CUCGUAUUAAGAAUUUGAAGCAAUUUCCAAAAAAUUAAUUCAACAAAAUUAACCGAUCAAAUAACGAAUGCCAAUUAAGUUUAUUCUUUAUGUAUUCAUGAAGAAGCCAUACAAAUAUUUGUAGGGUCAUAUUUUGCUGUAACCCUGACGUCACGGUUCCCCUGGCAACAGAAGUUAACAGCUGGGAAGCAUGGUUAGAAUGUUGUUAAUCUAUUUAGUCUGAGCAAAGGGACACAACACCAACACCUGAGGAAACAUGGGCCUGUUGUCCAUUCUUCGGAGGCUAAAGCAGUCUCCAGAACAGGAGGUGCGUUUACUGUUCCUCGGCUUGGACAAUGCUGGCAAGACCACUCUGCUGAAACAGCUGGCAGCAGAAGAUAUCAGCCACAUCACCCCCACACAGGGCUUCAAUAUAAAAAGUGUUCAAUCAUCUGGCUUCAAGUUGAAUGUUUGGGAUAUUGGAGGUCAGCGCAAGAUCCGCCCCUACUGGAGGAAUUAUUUUGAGGACACGGAUGUACUGAUCUAUGUGAUUGACAGCUCAGACAGGAAAAGGUUUGAAGAGACAAGCCUGGAGCUGGCUGAGUUGCUGGAGGAGGAAAAGCUUGCUGCUGUGCCACUGCUAAUCUUUGCCAACAAGCAGGACCUGGUGACAGCCUCCCCAGCGUCUGAGCUGGCAGAAAGUCUCAGUCUGCACACUAUUCGGGAUCGAAUGUGGCAGGUCCAGGCCUGCUCAGCUGUCACUGCUGAGGGAGUGCAGGAUGGCAUGACCUGGGUUUGCAGAAAUAUAACGUUGCGGAAGAAAUAAUUCAGGAAGCAAAAGAUCCAUGAAGAAUUGCACUUUACAUUUGACCUACACAGUCAUCAUGUUGUGUUAUUUUUUCCAUGAAACUUUCUCUUGUCGUUCUGUCUUCAUUUGGCAGUAUAAAAACUAAGUAGACGUUGUCAAUACAGUGAUGUUCUUCUUAUCCCUGUCAAUGCCUCUCAUUAAAUGUACAUACUGUAUAUAUUAGGUUGGUUUAUUUAAAUUGUUGUUUCAGCACACAAUUAUUUUUGUAAUGUACUCCUUUUAAUGCAAUGGUAUGUAGGCGUCCACUGUAUUAAUAAAAGCCAGUAUUAUU